UGGUGAGGGGGCGUGGUCUGGCGCAAGCUGGCAUGCGCAGUUCCGGGGCGCCGGAGUUGUGUCCAGCCGGUCCUGGGGCGGCCAUGGCGGCGACGUUCUUUGGAGAGGUGGUGAAGGCACCGUGCCGAGCUGGGACAGAGGACGAGGAGGAGGAGGACGAGGGGCGGAGGGAGACGCCAGAGGACAGGGACGUGCGGCAGCAGCUGGCGCGGAAGAGGGAGGUGCGGCUCCUGCGAAGACAAACAAAAACAUCUUUGGAAGUUUCUUUGCUAGAAAAAUAUCCGUGCUCCAAGUUUAUAAUCGCCAUAGGAAAUAAUGCAGUAGCAUUUCUAUCAUCAUUUGUUAUGAAUUCAGGAGUCUGGGAAGAAGUUGGUUGUGCUAAACUCUGGAAUGAAUGGUGUAGAACAACAGACACUAUACAUCUGUCCUCCACAGAGGCUUUUUGUGUGUUUUAUCAUCUAAAAUCCAAUCCCUCGGUUUUCCUCUGUCAGUGCAGUUGCUACGUUGCAGAAGAUCAACAGUAUCAGUGGCUGGAAAAGGUUUUUGGCUCAUGUCCAAGGAAGAACAUGCAGAUAACUAUCCUCACAUGUCGACAUGUUACCGAUUAUAAAACCUCAGAAUCCACUGGCAGCCUGCCUUCUCCUUUCCUGAAAGCCCUAAAAACACAGAAUUUCAAAGACCCUGUGUGUUGUCCAUUGCUGGAACAACCGAAUAUAGUACACGACCUUCCUGCAGCAGUUCUUAGUUACUGUCAAGUAUGGAAAAUACCAGCAAUUCUGUACUUGUGUUAUACUGAUGUGAUGAAAUUAGAUCUAAUUACAGUGGAAGCUUUUAAGCCUAUACUUUCUACCAGAAGCUUGAAAGGUUUGGUUAAGAAUAUUCCUCAGAGCACUGAGUUACUAAAGAAAUUGAUGACAACAAAUGAGAUUCAGAGUAACAUUUAUACAUGAUCUUAAACAUUGUUUUGUAAUGUAGAUUACAUGUCCAUUCCUUUAAGGGGAGCAGCAGACACUCUUUUGUAGAUUACUUUUGGGGGAUAUAUUUUGAGAAUGAUGAAAUGGAAUAAAAUUGUAAAAAA